AUGUCUAUACCCGGCCCUAAACCUCUACCAGUUCUGGGUAAUCUCUUGGACAUUGAUGUAAAUGACGGUCUCGCGUCUUUGAUCAAGCUCGGCCAGAAAUGGGGCCCCAUAUUCUCCCUCACCUUCGCAGGCCGCCGCGAGACCUUUGUCUGCUCGCGCGAGCUGGCAGACCAGCUCUGUGAUGAGACACGCUUCCACAAGCUCGUCAACGGACCCGUGGAGAAACUGCGGCCAGUGGCUGGCGAUGGGCUUUUCACCGCGCCGCACGGGAACGAGGACUGGGCUAUUGCGCAUCGCACACUGGUGCCGUUGUUUGGUCCCCUCGGCGUGCGUGACAUGUUCGAUGGUAUGCUCGAUAUUGCCGGCCAGUUGUGCCUGAAGUGGGCACGGUUCGGAACCAGCACGAGCUUCGACGCGGCGAGCGAGUUCACCAGACUCACGCUGGAUACCAUUGCCCUGUGCACAAUGGACUUUAGGUUCAACAGCUUCUAUCGUGAAGGCGAUAUGCAUCCAUUUGUCAGCAGCAUGGUGGCUGCACUCUCCGAGGCAGAUAAACAAGGUGUCUUACCUGAUAUGGCAAACUUGUUCCGCAGCAAGAGUAUUGCAGAGUACAAGGACCACAUCGAAAAGAUGAAUCAGGUAUGCCGCGAGAUCAUCGCGCAUAGAAGGAAGCAUCCGAAGGAAGGGAAGCCCCGCGAUCUCCUCGACACCAUGCUGAAUGCAAAAGACGACAAGACUGGCCGUGGGUUGAGCGAUCAAAGUGUCAUUCACAACUUGCUGACCUUUUUGAUCGCCGGGCAUGAGACUACAAGCGGUCUGUUGUCUUUUACCUUAUAUUACCUCCUAGAAAAUCCGGAAACUCUGGAGAAGGCCAGGCAGGAAGUGCUCGAGGUGCUGGGAGCUGAGGAGCUCUCUGUGAGACACCUGCAGAAACUACCCUAUCUCGACGCGUGUCUCCGCGAAUCCCUGCGCCUGUCACCCACCGCACCUGGUUUCACGGUCACGCCUUUCAACAAUGAAAUCGUCCAUGACGGUGACACAGAGUAUAUACUGCAGAAGGGAAGCCCCUAUUUCCUCCUCCUGCACUCGAUACACCGAGACACCGCGGUAUGGGGCCCUGACGCCGACGAGUUCAAGCCAGAAAGAAUGCUCAAUGUUGAAUUCGACAAACUGCCCAAGAACGCAUGGAAGCCAUUUGGCAACGGUGUCAGGGGCUGCAUUGGCCGCGCCUUCGCGUGGCAGGAGAGCCAGAUGAUCUUGGCCAUGCUAUUGAGAGACUUCGAUAUCCGCAAGGCGGAUCCCAACUACAAGUUGAAGAUCAAACAGACCCUGACUAUCAAGCCCGUGGGCUUUGAGAUCAAAAAUUCCGUUGUCAGAGGUUUCUCGUUGCAAGCUACGGGCCCUAUGAAUGAAGCCCACAAGAACUUGCAACGGGGACACCCAGUCGUCUUUGUAGCUGCUUCAUAUGAUGGGCAACCCGCAGAAAACGCGUCGGAGUUCAUGGCAUGGUUGAGUAGCCUGGAACCUGGUAGCUUGACCGGGGUCAAGUAUGCCGUCUUUGGUUGUGGAAAUCGCGACUGGCAAGCAACGUACUUCAAAGUUCCGAGGGUUCUUGACGAAGGCUUGAGCAAGGCGGGCGCAGAGAGGCUCGUGACAAUGGGCAUGGCAGACUCCGCAACGAGCGAUGUGGUCUCAGAGCUGGAGGAUUGGAUGCAGGAAAGUCUCUGGCCACGGCUGUCCAAACAUUUCAACGUCGCAGAAGGCCCAGCUGCCGUCAAAAGGGGUAGUCCGUCGAAUAUCACCUUGGGCGAGCCAGCACGCCUCAGCACUAGAAAAGGCUUCGCUAAGGCAACGGUCACAGAGGCCCGGGUACUUUCUGCCCCAGGGGUUUCUCAAAAAAGACACCUUGAACUCCGUCUUCCGGAGGACAUGGAGUAUGACACUGGUGACCACCUCCAAGUGCUCCCUGCCAACAGCCACACCCUAGUCCAACGCGUCCUGUCGAAGUUCCACAUCAGCGCCGAUACGACCGUGACGCUGAGCGGUGCAAACUCAAUAGGUUUGCCAGUUGGCGUACCCAUCACGGCAGGCGACCUAUUCACAUCCUACGUCGAGCUGGCGCACACGGCGAGCGCCGGGCAGAUCAGGUGCAUAGCCGACAGCGUGGACGUCGCGGCGGAGGCAACGGGGUCGAAAGCAGAGCUCCAGCGGCUCGCGAACGGCGACUGCUACAAGACCGAUAUUCUCGAGAGGCAUACAUCGGUCCUGGACCUGCUGGAGCGGUUCCCGGCAGCCAGGCCGCCCCUAUCCGCAUUCCUGUCGAUGCUCCCACCCAUCUGCCCGCGCACCUACUCCAUCUCGUCCGCGCCGUCCUGGAAGCCCGGUCACGCGACGCUGACAUACUCGGUCGUCGGGCCGCACGACGGCAACAUGGCGGGAGCAGCCGCGGAUCUGCCUCGCGUCUUCAGGGGCACGUGCUCCAGCUAUCUGGCGGCCCUGGAGCCGGGCCACGUGGUGUACGUGCGCAGGGGGGCGCAGAAGAACGCGUUCCGAGCCCCGGCGGUAACGGACGCCUCGGUGCCGUUGAUCAUGGUCGCGGCGGGGUCCGGGCUCGCACCCUUCCGGGCGAUACUGCAGCAGCGCCUUCUCGCGGCCAGCGCGGACGGGGUGUCGAGCAGGCCAGCCCCGGCGCUUCUGUUCUUUGGGUGCCGGGGCCCGGAGCUUGACUCGCUCUACCAGGAUGAGCUCGACGUCAUGGAACGCGAGGGCAUCGUGGAGGUGCGGAGGGCAUACAGCCGUGGCGGGGACGGCACGGAAGGCCGAUACGUCCAGGACGCCGUUGUGGCGGCCAGGGAGGAGGCUGGCGAGCUUUGGGACCGAGGGGCCCGUGUACUUGUAUGCAGUAGUAAGAAGGUCGCGGACGAUGUUUUCAGGGUGAUGGGGCCGACACUGUUUGAGUUUGAUCGUGUGCAAAGCCGAACGAAGAGGCAAGGUUUGGGGGACUGGGGAGAUGAUAUCAGAAGUCAGGGGCGUUGGGUUGCCGAGGUUUUCAAUUAA